GUUGGUCUCCGACGUUGCGUCAACUCUGAAUCGAAGUUGGCUAGCUAGAGUGAGCCAAGCGUACUUUCCCUAUUCUCUGUGUUCAAAUAAACAUGUUGUACAUAGCUAGACUGUUUUAAAUGUUAUCUUUGAAAUAAUCAGAAAAUCAUUAUUUUCAAAGCAACCAACGACAACUGUUGGAUCGAAAUCUUCGUCUCAUCCAGCGUUUAUAAAUGAAGCAAUAGCUGCCUGCUACGUUAGCUAGCUAACAAGUGACAAUUUACAAAGAAGGUAAACAAACCAACCGCUAGAGGUUGGAGAGUGGGAUGUGGAUAUAUAAUGUAUGUAAUCUGACGUGUUUUUUGCUAAAUGGACCAUGGAGGACCUUUGCCACGCGAGGACUCAAAUGUCGUUUAACGAGAUGAAAAAUAGAGAGACAUUCCAACAGCAACGUCGCUACUGAAAAACAGUAACGUUACCAUUCCCGAAUCCCUCAUCAAUUUACACGGUGAAGGCCUGAUGCUAGUUUUUAGCUAGCUAACUGCCCCCUAGCCCAUCAAAUCCACCCUGGCAACAGCCGUUCCCUGGAAACGUCACCGUUGUCACACAGGAUUUGGAUGAUGCUGAUACUGAUGCACCUGAGAGAGAACCCUCCUGUCUAAGACACAACCAGCUGGAUUUAAAACACCCUCUCCCAGCCCUCCCCUCAGCACCCCCAUCUCCUGCACCUGAACCAUGUGAGGGCCCCUCGCUCUACUUUGAGGGGAUCCCAGGACUGUUGUGUAAAAGCAGCCGUUGAGCGGGGCCAGAGUGAACCUGUGUGCGAGCAAGCAGUCUUCCCCCUAACCCCCACCCACAUAUUCCCGCCCCCCUUCCCGUUGGGAACGCGCCAUGAUGUUCCGAGACCAGGUGGGCAUCCUGACGGACUGGUUCAAGGGCUGGAACGAGUGUGAGCAGACGGUGGCGCUUCUUUCCUUGCUGAAGAGAGCGUCUCGUACCCAGGCCCGCUUCCUGCACAUCUGCCUGGAGCACUGGCUGGCAGACUGCACUGAGAUCCACAUCCUGGAGGCUGAGGCCAACAAUGCAGACAUUGUGAGCCAGUGGCACCWGGAGCCCAUGGAYAAGGCGGUGUCCCUGCUGCUGUCCCACCUYCCCRUYCUGCAGCCCCGCAACAGCGAGGCCAAGUGUGAGUACAUGAAGCUGCUGCAGAAGGUGCUGAGRUARACCAUCGAGAGCAGRCUGUUUGUGGAYGAGAGCAGACAGCUGCUGUCCUACGCCCUCAUCCACCCGGCCACCACCCUGGACGACCGCACCUCGCUGGCCAUGUGGCUCAACCACCUGGAGGAGCACCUCUCCAGCGGCUACCCAGCGCCCUCCNUCCACCCGGCCACCACCCUGGACGACCGCACCUCGCUGGCCAUGUGGCUCAACCACCUGGAGGAGCACCUCUCCAGCGGCUACCCAGCGCCCUCCCGGCCCCCCUCUGGCCCCUACCACCCCCGCCAGGGCUCAGAUGAGUGGCCGGGCUCCGCAGAGGUCCUGGACCCUGGCCAUGGCUGGCUGGACAAGCCCCCCUCCUCUAGCUCCUCCCCUGCAGGGCAGAACGGACACAUGUCAUUCCAGGGUGGGAUGCCCUCGCCCAUCAACAGCAACAACGCAGGCAUGGGUCAGAUGGACCAGCCCAGUCCUCUGAAGAGGUCCUCGUCCCUAAUCCCCUCCAGUACCCAGGUCUGUGGCGCAGAUUGGCUGAACCAGGACGACCUGGGUGGGCGACAAGCCUUUGACCACGCCCCCCUGUCCCCCCAGAGUAGUGUGGCAUCCUCAGGCAGCGAGCAGACUGAGGACCAGGGUUCCAGAAACACCUUCCAGGAGGAUGGCAGUGGCAUGAAAGAUGUGCCCAUGUGGCUGAAGAGCCUCCGUCUUCAUAAGUACGCAGCACUUUUCUCCCAGAUGACUUAUGAGGAGAUGAUGAUUCUGACAGAGCACCACCUGGAGUCACAGGUUUGUCAUCGUUUGUCACAGAAUGUGACCAAAGGUGCGCGGCACAAGAUAGCCCUGAGUGUCCAGAAGCUACGAGAGAGGCCAAGCGUUCUCAAGUCUUUAGAGAAGGAUAUAUUGGAGGGGGGCAACCUGCGUAACGCCCUACAGGAACUACAGCAGAUUAUCAUCACCCCUAUCAAGGUCUACAGCUACAGCCCUCCCAGUGUUUCCCACAGAGAUAUGGAGGGGAGUGGAUCCCCCUCAGACCACACCAACCUUGGGGAGGACAAGGACCUGGCCCAGGAGGGCUUCCAGCACCACCACACCCCUCCCUGCGACGGAGAGUCCUCAGCCACACCCAUCUCAGACGGCGACAUUGCUGGCCAGUUCACGCGUGUCAUGGGUAAAGUGUGCACUCAGCUACUGGUGUCCAGGCCGGACGAAGAGAAUAUCAGCUGUUACCUGCAGCUCAUUGAGAAAUGUCUGACACAUGAGGCUUUCACAGAGACUCAGAGGAAGAGGCUGGUCUCCUGGAAGCAGCAGGUUCUCAAGCUGCUCCGCUUGUUCCCAAGGAAAGCCAUGCUGGACAUGCCUGUGUACCGACAGAAAGGCUGGGCAUAUGGUUCCAACUCCCUCCCCACAGCAGGCUCUGUGAGUGCUGGGGGUCUGGCACGUAGGGGGCAGAGGGCAUUCCAGAUGCCCCCUCGUCUCCCUGCCGGGCGCAUGGGGCUCCUGAGUCCAGGUGGCAUCGGGGUUGCCUCCCCACGCCACACCCUCACCAGCCCCACGCUGCCAGGCCAGGGCAGACAGAACCUGUGGUUUGCCAACCCUGGGGGCAGCAACAGCAUGCCAAGCCAGAGUCGCAGCUCCGUGCAACGGACCCACUCACUCCCUGUCCACACCUCCCCGCAAACCAUGCUCCUGUUCCAGCAGCAAGAAUGCCAAGUUCCAGGUGCAGACCUGGAGAUCAACCCCACGCUGGAGUCACUGUGCCUCAGUAUGACAGAGCAUGCCUUAGGAGAUGGAAUUGACCGAACAUCAACAAUUUGAAAAUAAAAGCAGUGAAAAGAAGAAACCAAACCGACACUUCACUUCAACUGAGGCCUGUUCAGUUUCUCUUGCCCAGCACAAAAAUAUAUGCUUAAAAAACAAAGCAAAAUGGUCACUACAAAACGACAACUGUAUAUGUUCUCUGAUAUUUUUCUACUUUAUUAUACUUAACUAAGUUUAUUAUAAAUGGAAUACAGAUGACUAUUAUAUUACAGGAGGGAGAAGAGGUUACUUGUGCAACAUGCUCAAUGUCUUCUGCAGGACUGUGACAUUAAAAUGAGCAGAAUGAG